ACACCAUGGCACUCACUCUAGCCUGGGCAACAAAGUGAGACUCUGUCUCCAAAAUAAAGUAAAAUAAAGGAGUUGUGAUAGUACUAAGUUUGCUUAGAUGUGAAAAUUAGAUGUAGUCAGUAUUUAGUAUAUAGAAUAUAGAAGGUGACUAGUCUCUACUAGUCAUGUAGUAAAUAAUAGCUUGUAUUUUUAAACUUUUGAGAGUCAUAACUCCAAGAUGGACUCAGGGUUUGCUUGGAUUAUUUGUACAAUCUGUUAGUUGAUGGUUCAGAUUAAACCCCAAGCCAUUCUCAUGGGAAUGAGUCAGAUAAUAUGUGCUUAUGGAUGUGCUUUUAUCAUUCCCAUCAUGGCAGUGAUCCUUUAUGGUCCUGGUCUCUCCUCGGUAAUGGUAGAAACUGGGGAUAUUUUUCAUGCAUUCUAAUUGAUCAAUUUGCCUGUUUCUUCUAUUCUUUCUCUAGCUUGCUUGCCUGUGUUUUUCUGGAGCCCCUUUCUUCCAGGUGUUGCCUGGGGUUAGAGUUCAUGGUGGUGAAUGAUGUGUUUUCACUGGAGCAUAGAAAAGGUCACUUGAAUUCUGGCUGCUAUUAGUAGCCUGGAAGUAAACCUGGAGACAAAACCAUUAUCCAGAGUAGCAUGUUAGAAAUGACACCACUAUCCUGGGGCAUCACAGUACACAAAUAUACCCCUUGUUCUCCUUGGCUCUUGUUUUCAAAAGUUAGUGAAUUAAUGAACAGAGCCUCAGUCAUUUUCACAGUUUAAAGUAUUUGAUUUUGGAUUAGUUUAUAGAAUUGUACUACUAACAAAAUUACCUAUAUAUUAGGAAAGCUACAACUGUAUAGAGCUUCAGUUUGUAUUAUGUAUGCUCAAAGAAUAAAGGCUCCAGGAGGCUAGUUACUUACUAUCUUACUGCUAAAGUGGAAUGUGUUCAAAUAGCUAAAUUUUCUAGAUGACCUUGACUAUCUCACAGUUUGAACGGAAAAACCCAGUAGCUUUGUAUUAAAAAAAGUUGCUAAUACAGAUUGUAAAGAUAUUUUUCUGUCCUACUUUUUCAGUACGAAUUUAUUACUCACUUAUAUUUUGAAGCUAAGAAGAGAAAUCAUGCAUCUUGGAUCCCUCAAUAUUCCCUAAGCUAAUUUUAAAGAAUUUGGCUACCUCAAAUUAUUGUUUUUGUGUUUUCUAGUUUUAUAAAUUUAUAACCUUAAUAUGAAAGUAUCAAUCAGGAAAAAUAUUUUACUGAAAAAAUAUUUGGGUUCCUACAGACAUAAUUAUUUACUAACCUGUUUUUAAUAUUGAUCAGGACUUUUUUUCCCAAAAUUAUUCCUAUUUCAUAAAGGUAAUUAUUUUAAUCCUUAAAGUCAGAAUUAGGUUGGUAUGACUUUGAAAACAAAAAUGGUUUGAGGAGCCAUCUAUAGACAUGAUCUGGGUCAGACUUGAUUUGCAGCUUACUCAAUUUUAGAAUCCUCUGUCAGUUUUGUAAACAGAAGUCUGCUGGAUGAAUUGAACAGAAGGGGGAGAUUAGCAUAUUAAUAAGGUACUGGCAACUGGCCUUCUUUUUCUCCUCCCUCUUCUCCCUCCUUGUCUUUCCUUUCUCUCUCCUUCCCUGAAUGAAUCUAGGAACACAGACCCACGGGGUCACAUUACUAGCUGGUUUCAUUCUGUUCGGUAGCUUAAUCUGGCCAGGAUGGUCUGUGUUUCAGAUUGCGGAAGCAUGAGAAGAUUCUGUAACUGAGAGGCAUUCUUCAAGCUGCUGGAAAAUAUUACAGAAAGAACACCUCCCAAAUUUUGCUUCAAGCUCUGAAAAAAGGAGCACACAGGGGAAGCUUAGUCUUACUUGUGGAUCGAAGCAAGUACUAUCGGAGCGAUGAACUGGGACUUUGUGUGCGGACUCCUGGCUUGAUCUUUAUAGGAUUGGGUGUAUGUUGUUGGAACUGGCAGGCCAAGAGGCCCUGAAACCAGCAGGUGCCAUCUGUAUGGAGAAAAGCGGCUGUAGUCCAUUUCCAAUGUGUUGGGCUAAAGAAUAUGACAGAUACCUAGCAUCAAGCAAAAUAAUGGCAGCUGCUUACCUUGACCCAAACCUGAAUCACACACCAAAUUCAAGUACUAAGACUCACCUGGGUACUGGCAUGGAACGUUCCCCUGGUGCAAUGGAGCGAGUAUUAAAGGUCUUUCAUUAUUUUGAAAGCAAUAGUGAGCCAACCACGUGGGCAAGUAUUAUCAGGCAUGGAGAUGCUACUGAUGUCAGGGGCAUCAUUCAGAAGAUAGUGGACAGUCACAAAGUGAAGCAUGUGGCCUGCUACGGAUUCCGCCUCAGUCAUCUGCGGUCAGAGGAGGUUCACUGGCUUCACGUGGAUAUGGGCGUCUCCAGUGUGAGGGAGAAGUAUGAGCUUGCCCACCCACCAGAAGAGUGGAAAUACGAAUUGAGGAUUCGUUAUUUGCCAAAAGGAUUUCUAAACCAGUUUACAGAAGACAAGCCAACUUUGAAUUUCUUCUAUCAACAGGUGAAGAGCGAUUAUAUGUUAGAGAUAGCUGAUCAAGUGGACCAGGAAAUUGCUUUGAAGUUGGGAUGUCUAGAAAUUCGGCGAUCAUACUGGGAGAUGAGAGAUAAUGCGCUAGAAAAGAAGUCUAACUAUGAAGUAUUAGAAAAAGAUGUUGGUUUAAAGCGAUUUUUUCCCAAGAGUUUACUGGAUUCUGUCAAGGCCAAAACACUAAGAAAACUGAUCCAACAAACAUUUAGACAGUUUGCCAAUCUUAAUAGAGAAGAAAGUAUUCUGAAAUUCUUUGAGAUCCUCUCUCCAGUGUACAGAUUUGAUAAAGAAUGUUUCAAGUGUGCUCUUGGUUCAAGCUGGAUUAUUUCAGUGGAGCUGGCAAUUGGCCCAGAAGAAGGAAUCAGUUACUUAACAGACAAGGGCUGCAAUCCCACACAUCUAGCUGACUUCAAUCAAGUGCAGACCAUUCAGUAUUCAAACAGUGAAGACAAGGACAGAAAAGGAAUGCUGCAACUGAAAAUAGCAGGUGCACCUGAGCCUCUGACAGUGACGGCACCAUCCCUGACCAUUGCGGAGAAUAUGGCUGACCUGAUAGAUGGGUACUGCCGCCUGGUGAACGGAGCCUCGCAGUCUUUUAUCAUCAGACCCCAGAAAGAAGGUGAACGGGCUCUACCAUCAAUACCAAAGUUGGCCAACAGUGAAAAGCAAGGUGUGCGGACACACGCAGUUUCAGUGUCAGAUGAAAUUAGUGGGGACGAAACAGAUGAUUAUGCUGAGAUUAUAGAUGAAGAAGAUACUUACACGAUGCCCUCAAAAUGCUAUGGAAUAGAUGAAGCCAGGGAUUAUGAGAUUCAAAGAGAAAGAAUAGAACUUGGACGAUGUAUUGGAGAAGGCCAGUUUGGAGAUGUACAUCAAGGCAUUUAUAUGAGUCCGGAGAAUCCAGCUUUGGCGGUUGCAAUUAAAACAUGUAAAAACUGUACUUCGGACAGCGUGAGAGAGAAAUUCCUUCAAGAAGCCUUAACAAUGCGUCAGUUUGACCACCCUCAUAUUGUAAAGCUGAUUGGAGUCAUCACAGAGAACCCCGUCUGGAUAAUCAUGGAGCUGUGCACACUUGGAGAGCUGAGGUCAUUUUUGCAAGUAAGGAAAUACAGUUUGGAUCUAGCAUCUUUGAUCCUGUAUGCCUAUCAGCUUAGUACAGCUCUUGCGUAUCUAGAGAGCAAAAGAUUUGUACACAGGGACAUUGCUGCUCGGAAUGUUCUGGUGUCCUCAAAUGAUUGUGUAAAAUUAGGAGACUUUGGAUUAUCCCGAUAUAUGGAAGACAGUACUUAUUACAAAGCUUCCAAAGGAAAAUUGCCUAUUAAAUGGAUGGCUCCAGAGUCAAUCAAUUUUCGACGUUUUACCUCAGCUAGUGACGUAUGGAUGUUUGGUGUAUGUAUGUGGGAGAUACUGAUGCAUGGUGUGAAGCCUUUUCAAGGAGUGAAGAACAAUGAUGUGAUCGGUCGAAUUGAAAAUGGGGAAAGAUUACCGAUGCCUCCAAAUUGUCCUCCUACCCUCUACAGCCUUAUGACGAAAUGCUGGGCUUAUGACCCCAGCAGGCGGCCCAGGUUUACUGAACUUAAAGCACAGCUCAGCACGAUCCUGGAGGAAGAGAAGGCUCAACAAGAAGAGCGGAUGAGGAUGGAGUCCCGAAGACAGGCCACAGUGUCCUGGGACUCUGGAGGGUCUGAUGAAGCGCCACCUAAGCCCAGCAGACCUGGUUAUCCCAGCCCACGGUCCAGCGAAGGAUUUUAUCCAAGCCCACAGCACAUGGUACAGACCAAUCAUUACCAGGUCUCUGGCUACCCUGGUUCACAUGGAAUCACAGCCAUGGCUGGCAGCAUCUACCCAGGUCAAGCAUCUCUUUUGGACCAAACAGAGUCUUGGAAUCAUAGACCUCAGGAGAUAUCAAUGUGGCAACCCAGCAUGGAGGACUCCGCAGCAUUGGACCUGCGAGGGAUCGGGCAGGUGUUGCCAACCCACCUGAUGGAAGAGCGGCUGAUCCGACAACAGCAGGAAAUGGAAGAAGAUCAGCGCUGGCUGGAAAAAGAAGAGAGAUUUUUGAAACCUGAUGUGCGGCUCUCCCGAGGCAGCAUCGACAGGGAGGAUGGAAGUCUUCAGGGUCCGACUGGAAACCAACACAUAUAUCAGCCUGUGGGUAAACCAGAUCCUGUAGCUCCACCAAAGAAACCGCCUCGCCCUGGAGCCCCUGGUCAUCUGGGCAGCCUUGCCAGCCUCAGCAGCCCUGGGGACAGUUACAACGAGGGCGUCAAGCCGUGGAGGCUGCAGCCCCAGGAAAUCAGCCCCCCUCCUACUGCCAACCUGGACAGGUCCAAUGACAAGGUGUAUGAGAAUGUGACAGGCCUUGUGAAAGCUGUCAUCGAGAUGUCGAGUAAAAUCCAGCCGGCCCCGCCAGAGGAAUAUGUUCCUAUGGUGAAGGAAGUCGGCUUGGCCUUGAGGACUUUAUUGGCCACUGUGGAUGAGACCAUUCCCACUUUACCAGCCAGCACCCACCGAGAGAUUGAGAUGGCACAGAAACUAUUGAACUCUGACCUGGGUGAGCUCAUCAACAAGAUGAAGCUGGCCCAGCAGUAUGUCAUGACCAGCCUGCAGCAGGAGUACAAGAAGCAAAUGCUGACUGCUGCUCACGCUCUGGCUGUGGACGCCAAAAACUUACUCGACGUCAUUGACCAAGCGAGACUGAAAAUGCUGGGGCAGGCAAGACCGCACUGAGCCCCCUGAGGAGCAGCACGUCUUUCCCCUCCUUUCAGGAUGUUCUCCAGCCUUCCACCAGCAGCGAGGAGUUAACCCUGGGUCCUCAGUCGCCAGCACUUACAGCUCCAACUUUUUCAAAUGGCAUCUGGUUGAAAAUCUUCUCCCUCAUAUAUAAAUCUAACCACAUUUUGAUUUGGGUUUGUUUUUGUUUGUUUGAUUUUCAAUCAUGAUAUUCAGAAAUGUCUGGGAUCCAAAAUAUGGCAUUUUUCUGAGAAUCAAAAUUGUAUAUAAGAAGCCUAAGAAUCAUGGAGAACAUUUAUGUUCACAUUAGGGUGUGUUCUAAUGGGGACGGCUGAGGUGACAUGCUGGUUCCUGAACUUGCUUAGCUGCGUGGUGGACAAGGAGGGCAGAAGUGAAGAAUUCUGGGAAACCCAAGAGGCUGAGAGUUCUUUUGCCUACCAUAGAAUUACCCAGACUGGAACUUUUGUUUAUUAGAACACCCUUCAGUUGCAAUAUGCUAAUUCCACUUUACAAAGAAAGGAUAUAAAAGCUAUAUUUUGAAGACUUGAGUCAUUUCAGAAAAAAACUGCAACCCUUUCUGUCUUUCCUGCCUUGUACUUUCAUGUGGACAUGUGAAGCAUUCGGUUGGGAACUAGCUGUAGAACACAACUAAAAACUCUUGUCUUUUUUCACCAGAAUAAUGUGCCAGUUUUUUGUAGCAAUGUUAUUUCUCUUGGAAGCAGAAAUGCUUUGUACCAGCGCACCUCCAAACUGCAUUAAGAAGAAGUUCCAGAACCAUCCCUGUUCCCCAUUUUUAUAUAAUUUAUAAAGAAAAAUUAAAGCCAUGUUGACUAUUUUACAGCCACUGGAGUUAACUAACCCUUCAUUGUGUCUGUCUUCCCAGGAAAGAAUUAAGCAAAACAGAGUGAUUGGUUUUCUUUUUGAUGUCCAGUUACACCAUCCAUUCUGUUAAAUAAUUUUGAAAAAUACACCCUCCCUUUAGUUUGUUGGGGGAUAUAAAUUAUUCUCAGGAAGAAUAUAAUGAACUGUACAGUUACUUUGACCUAUUAAAAAGGUGUUACCAGUAAA